AUGUACAUCUCAUAGCGGCUUGGUCUUUGUUAGCGUGUAGGUGAGAAGAACCAAGAAAGCCAGAGAGGAGCAGCAUUCAUGCCUUUACAGGGAGGAAAAUGAUCAUCUGCACGAGAAACAUGGAUUGUCGCCUCGGAACACAGUGCUAGUUUGUCCAAAAUCAGGUGAUGGUGAACUCUGAGGAAGAACGUGCUUCCCUGUUGUGUAUGAAGGCUCUGGCCAACAGGGGGCGUCUGGACAUGGUGUUUCAACAGAUGGCCUCUCACCCACAGUACCUGGAGAGUUUCCUGCGCACCCAGCACUACAUCCUCUACAUGGAUGGCCCAUUGCCCCUGAACUACCGGCACUACAUUGCCAUCAUGGCGACUGCACGACAUCACUGUAGGUACUUGGUGUCUCUGCAUUCGGCUCAGUUCCUGCGUGUGGGUGGAGACCCCUUGUGGCUUCAAGGUCUGGAGGCCGCGCCCCCACGUCUACAGCGCCUUGACCACAUCAACAAGGUCCUGGCCCAUCAACCUUGGCUCACGGCACGCUCACACAUACAGGCUCUGCUCAAGACAGGAGACCAUUGCUUGUCCAUGGCCGAGCUGGUUCAUGCAGUUGUUCUGCUGGCCCACUGUCACUCCCUUUGCAGUUUCGUUUUUGGUUCUGGUUUUGACUCGGACAGCACUCCCUCUCCCAGAGUACCUCACAGCAUGACCCCUGGCUACUGCCUCUGUGAUGCUGCCAAUGGCAACACAGCCUUAUCAUCAGCCCCUGCUGGACCCACAGAGAAAACACCACGGCAAAGGUCCCUAGACUCAAGCUGUGAGCUCUCUUGCCAUCAAGAACAAAAACAGAAAAUACAGGAGGAACAAAAAGGAGAUCGACUCCAUUCACAGACACUCCUACAUGCAGAUAUGGAGGAGGAGGAGGAGGAGGAGGAGGAGGAGGAGGAGAUGUGCUCUGCUGACCCCUUCCGUUUCAUCACAGAUCCGGAAUUCGGCUACCAAGAAUUUGCCAGACGGGAGGAGGACCAUUUCCAAGUAUUCCGGGUGCAGGACUAUUCGUGGGAGGAUCACGGCUUCUCGCUGGUGAACAGGCUCUACUCUGAAAUAGGGCACUUGUUAGACGAGCGCUUUCGCAAUGUGGCCUCCCUCCCUUUCCCCCAUAGCCCUGAUCUCAAACGAGCCAUCUGGAACUACAUUCAUUGUUUUUAUGGAAUAAGAUACGAUGAUUAUGAUUAUGGCGAAGUUAACCGGUUACUGGAGCGUGGGCUGAAACUUUACAUAAAAGCUGUGGCCUGCUAUCCCGACUCCUCCAAGACCCCUCUAUGCCCACUGUCCUGGAGCCCUGUCAAAGCUUCAGAGAAGGUCCAUGUAAAUUUGUUGGUGAUGGAGGCACGUCUGCAGGCCGAGCUACUGUAUGCACUCCGAGCCAUCACCCAAUACAUGAUCGCAUAGGACGCAAGCGUUCAACGCCACAGAAAGGGAGUGUACACAAUCACAUGGUACAAUGAGGGUAGAGAGGAAAAUCACUGACGGCACAGAAAUACAAGGAGAGACAAUGCAAGAUCUGUCUCUCCCUCACUGUAUUCGAGUUUACUGGUGUGACGUUAGGUACUGCUGUGAAGUGUUUCUUUGCCAUAACUGAAAUUUUAGAAAGAAGGGAGCAGAGAACGAGCUCACCUCUACUGUCAAUUUGCAUGUCUUUCUCCUACUUCUUUUGUUUCUGUAGUUGUCCUUUUGUUGAGUAUACUUUUUGUUUUCUACCUGUCCUUUUUUAGUAUCUUUGUCUGAGAUGGUUAAUGUGCAAUUAUUUUAUUCAGUUGUUAUUAAUAUUUUCCUAUUUUGUUUAUUUGUUUUUUGCUGUUGCUGUUCAAUUGAAUGACUUGUGAGAGAGAAAUGUCCAACUGGCAGUUUCCAAAGUAUCAAAUUUGGGAGCUUUUUUCGAAAAGGUCUAAGCCAAUUUGAGUCACUGUUUACAGAGAAUGAGUGAGUGGACAAAUGCAAUUGCUUAACAUGGCUUCCAGAGUCUUCAUUUGAAUGUUCAAUGGUGAGAUCAGAGCAACAUGCAACAAGGGGUAGGAAAAGGUUAAAUGGCUGUUACUUUCUUUUUAAAUAGCACUUUUAAGACAGUAUCUAUCUACAGUUGUGCUCAAAAGUUUGCAUACUCUGGCAGAAAUUGUGAAAUUUUGGCAUUGAUUUUGAAAAUAUGAUUGAUCAUGCAAAAAAAACUGUCUUUUAUUCAAGGAUAGUGAUCAUAUGAAGCCAUUUAUUAUCACAUAGUUGUUUGGCCCCUUUUUAAAUCAUAAUGAUAACAGAAAUCACCCAAAUGGCCCUGAUCAAAAGUUUACAUACCCUUGAAUGUUUGGCCUUGUUACAGACACACAAGGUGACACACACAGGUUUAAAUGGCAAUUAAAGGUUAAUUUCCCACAGCUGUGGCUUUUUAAAUUGCAGUUAGUGUCUGUGUAUAAUUAGUCAAUGAGUUUGUUAGCUCUCACGUGGAUGCACUGAGCAGGCUAGAUACUGAGCCAUGGGGAGCAGAAAAGAACUGUCAAAAGACCUGCGUAACAAGGUAAUUGAACUUUAUAAAGAUGGAAAACGAUAUAAAAAAAUAUAUCAAAAGCCUUGAAAAUGCCAGUCAAUACUGUUCAAUCAUUUAUUAAGAAGUGGAAAAUUCGGGGAUCUCUUGAUACCAAGCCAAGAUCAGGUAGACCAAGAAAGAUUUCAGCCACAACUGCCAGAAGAAUUGUUCGGGAUACAAAGAAAAACCCACAGGUAACCUCAGGAGAAAUACAGGCUGCUCUGGAAAAAGACAGUGUGGUUGUUUCAAGGAGCACAAUACGACGAUACUUGAACAAAAAUGAGCUGCAUGGUCGAGUUGCCAGAAAAAGCCAAUGCCACAAAAAAAGCCCGGUUACAAUAUGCCCGACAACACCUUGACACGCCUCACAGAUUCUGGCACACUGUAACUUGGAGUGACGAGACCAAAAUAGAGCUUUAUGGUCACAACCAUAAGCGCUCUGUUUGGAGAGGGGUCAGCAAGUAUUGUGCUCCUUUUUUGCAUAUUUACAAAAUCAAUGCCAAAAUUUCUGCCAGGGUAUGCAAACUUUUGAGCACAACUGUAUAUAUCAAUAAGCUUCAGACUGUGACUUCAUACAGUUCACAGCAAGUAGUCCAAGUACUGUGUUUCACUCGUUCAAAUUGAUUCGCAUUCGUGUUUACCGGAAUCUUCCACACGCAUUGAGCCUGUAAAUGGAUGCUAUAAAGACUGAUGUGGGUGCAUUUAUAGGAUCCAUAACAACUGGUCUAAUCAUUCAUCAGAUUAAUCUCAGCAGCAAGAAAGCAAGCUUUACAAUGUAAAGAACUUCAAUUGAAAGAUGCAAAACAAUGAAACGGAUUGCAUUUUCUAAAUUAUUUGCUUUGUUUUUGUAGUGUUUUCAGCAUUUCUGUUUUUAGGACAAUCCGUUUUACCUGCUCUAUACGGACUGUCCAAAGGAACACAGUAAUAAUAAUUGAAGUCCCAUACAAUGUCUGAUAGUUUGGUAUAUGUAGCAUGCAUGGAAAACAGUUUAAACGAAAUCUAAAAGUCUUUAAUUUAUGAUAGACCGUAAGUAAUUAGCCCACUGAAUGGUUUCAGUUGAAGGACCAGAGAUCAGUGAGAAGCAUUGAUAAAUAUGCUGGCAAGUCCAGUGUUAGUAUAAAGGGUAAAUGUAUUGUCCUUUAUUCGUAAGAAAAGAAUUUGCCCACGAUUGGAGCUUGUUUUAAAAAAAAAAUUACCAUGUAAAAAUAUAGUAAAAUAAAAAAUAUAAAAAUGAAGUCACCUUAUGAAGUAUGUGAGGAGUAAGGAGCUCAGAAUAAGCUUAUACAAAUAUUUUAAUGAUGACAUGCUAGUGUAGAUCAAAUGAAGGACUUCUAUUCUGACAAAACUACAGAACAAAGAUGUUUUGUCAACUGUGUCUUUCUAAGGUGAAAAGGUCUAUCCUUCCUAUUACUGACCUGCACAUAUUUUACCUGCACUGAACCUUUUGCACCACUACUACGGUGAGGCAUUGCCUACUUACAGUUGUCAUUUUUGGACAAAUGGCUUGGAGAGGCAUUGAUCCACUGGUGCCAUGAAUAUAUCAAAUGCUCGGUUUUGUGGGAAAGGCCAAUUUCCUGUACUGUUUUAAAGUCAUGGUGGUAUAGUUACGUAAGUACAGUUGACAAAACGGCUUGUGCACCACCUAUGUUUUUUUGUGUUUUAAAACAUUGCAUCACUUUUUCCUCUGUUCAUGUGUCUUUUUGAGAAAGGGAGAUGGUGUUGUUGUAUGGUCCCAUUAUUAUGUUGGAGUAGCAUUCCAAUAGUUCACAAAAAUUAUAUUGUUGAGCAAUUGGAAACAAGUUAUGUAAACAGCAGAAUUGUGUACAGAACAUGAGUUAUCACACAGGAGCAGCAGUCUGUACUAGAGUAUGGUGCCUUUUGAUUACUGAUGAGUCCUGUUUCAUCAGUGUGGCUAAACUGGACUAGUCUAAGAACUAAGCCUCAUGCUACUACAUUAACAGUAAUUUACACUGGGGAUGGAAGAGGAGCCAGUCAAUAGCAUUCAUCAACAGUAAGAACACACAGGACUAACAAACUGCCCCGUGGAGAGAUUUUUCUGGAGCAGGAUUGACUGCAGAAUGGCCAUUCUACCUUAAACAGGACUGAAGGUCCUAAAUUCUUGAAUGGCAAUCUGUGGAGACCUCCAGAAUGUCCCCACCACCUCAGCUGGAAGAUGUUAAGGACAGUGUCUCAGCACACAUGGCUAUUGCCAACAUGUUUAUUUACCACGUAAAUGUAGGAAUUAUAAAAAUUAAAUGACCAAAAAAAAAAAAAAAAAACUAACAAAAAAAAAAAACUGAAAAACGAAGCAAAAAAGUUUUGAAAUGUGAAAGCUUAUUUUUUUUCUAUAAAGAUAUGCAAUAUCA